AUGGGGAUCCUCCAGGAAUUAAAAGCUGCAGUGACCAGAUGCCUGUAUUAUGUUCGAGACUGCCAAUCUCCCUCAGUUUCUUUUCCAGCAAAUGGCAUUUGCUCAUCAAUGCUGCCUAUUGGUAUAGUGGCACAGAUCAUGAUUGAAGAGGUUUUAAAUUUUGCAAGGGCUCAGCCUGAGACAAAGGUAGAUGUGCAGUUUGUCCUUUGCCCAGAUGACAACGAUGGCUAUCAGGUAGCAAGUAUGUUAUUAACUACUAAUAAUGAAAACCCAAAACUAGGCUUUCCAUGUGUGAUCAUGAAGAAGAGUUUUGAGGUAAAGGAAAUUGUGACAGCACUUGAAAGCUCUUCACUCUUGCAGUGCACUUCUACAAAGAAAAAUAUUUUUCUUUCAGGUAUAGAGUCAGGGAGUCAAAGUGUAAAAGAGGCUGCAAAUAAUGAGUCUGCUAUUGAACUUAAAGGGAACAUACAUGUGGCAUUGGAAGCGGCAGAAUUAUGGAUCCAAAGCAUGAUACAGAUUGAGGGAAGUCACUAUGCUGUUAUUGAAAACAACUACAUUUUUAGCCUUGGUAGAAAGGAGUUUGCAGAUCUAUCUCAAAAGCAUCAUUCUAGUGUAUGUGUAUCAGAAGUGGUAGAUGGAAAAGCAAGACUGGAAUUUUGUGGCCCUCCUGAUGCUGUGAUUGAUGCGGUGCUUGCAACUGAAAAAUUACUGCUUCAUAUACAAGAAGAGACUACAGCCAAACAAAAGGGACUGCUGUACUUAAUGGGCCAAGCAGAAGGACACCUUCACAAGACAAAUACUACUAAUACUACAAAUACUACUAAGUGCAUCCAGAUUUCACUGGUAGAAUCACACCUUCAGGAGUUUAAAGACAGAGAGAAAGAGUUUGAAAAAGCUGGGCUUUGUGUUCUCAAGAUUGAAAAGAUACAUAAUCCUCUUUUAUCUGCUGCAUUCCAACAAAUGAAGAAAAAAGUAGAAGAAAACCAUUAUACCUACCAAGUAACACACAAGUUGAACCAGUAUGUUCCAGUGCAGUUCUGUGGCUUGGUGUGCCAGACUGGGUUUCACAGGAUGUAUUCUCCACCAACAGAACAAAAAUAUGGAGCUGGCAUCUACUUUAAAAGGAACCUGAAAAGUCUAAUUGAGGGUAAAAACACACAGGAAACAGACUCUAAAAUGUAUGUAUUUGAGGCUGAGGUAUUAACAGGCUUAUACAUUAAAGGCAACUCAUAUACGCCACCAGCAGUGGAGGGGGAUGCCAUUAAAGUAUAUGACAGUUUGGUAGAUGAUAUAAACAAUCCUGACACCUUUGUCAUCUGCAACAGUGCUCAGGCCCUUCCACAAUAAUUGUUGACUUGUAAAGAAACCAGCAGUAUACUGAAUAAGAAUCAAUUAGACCUGUAG